AUGUCUCCGAGGCCUGUAGACUGUCCGGUCUGCCACCUCCCCGUCGCCACACCAGCCAAGCUGUCCGGGCCACACGCCUGUCCUUUCUGCAGGAAAACCUUCAUACGAGUCGACAGUGCCCGCAGACACACCAAAUAUUCUUGUCGUAAACGAGAAAACCAGCCAUUGCCUGCGGUAGCCAGGCGAGGCCGGAAGCUCCGGGCUUGCGAUCGAUGCUCCCGCGUCAAGUCUCAAUGUGACGGGAAACUGCCUUGCGGCCAUUGCAGCGCGCGCAAGCUUGAUUGCACUUUCGAACGCUUCUGCAGCGAUGAAUCUCAUAGAAAAAAGUCCUCCGGUACACAAGCUGCUGGGACACAACAGUCGCAGUUGUCCUUCUUCCUCCACUUCACGGGCCCAAGAGGAGGCCGAGCCAUUGAGCAGGAGAUGGCCGCUGUUCCAGAAGUCGACAUCCAAGGUCCUUUCGCCACCAACAAAACUUGCGAUUCAAGCACCAUGGUUGCCUUCAGCGACUGCAUUGAUCCCUCGCUUCUUUUCACAACUCUUUUGGACCCGUGUUUCGACCUGGACCCGACGGAAGUGCCGCCUGUAGACAUGCUUGAUUACUCCGAGCACAAUGCUUGUGGCGGCAUAACUAUGGCAUCGCCCACGGACGUGCUCGCUGUACGAAUCAUUCAACUUUCUGAAGAACUGUCGCGAGUUGCUUCGUUAGAUUUAGAACUCGGCUGCUUCGACCCUCCAUCAUUCAACAAGGUCUUCUCCAGCCAUCAGGUUCAUGCGUUCUGCAAAGCCUUCUCCCGGAAGCGUCAUUACCAAUACCCAGUAGUACAUUGGCCAACGUUUAAUAUCGAAACAACUUGUCUGCCUUUGCUGUUGGCCAUAUCUCUCAACGGCGCGGCCUAUUCCAACUCUUCUUCUCCUUCUUCUUCUGAUGUCGCCGGGAGCAGACCCAAGACACGAGACUUCUACCCUGUUGCAGACGCAUACAUCUUCCAACAAUUAGAACGCUCCAUCAAGAACGAUCGCCAAGAAUCUCAUUCCGAGCCAACGGUUGGUAUCCUCCAAGCUGCGUUGCUGAUUGUUGUCUUGCAGAUAUGUUUUGAUGACGGUCGAAAAGGGGUAAUAAUCUUCAAGCGUCUCCCGCUACUGAUAUUUUCUCUCAGGCGAUUUGGUCUCACUAGGACGAAACACGACGAUGAGGGAGACUGGUCAAAUUUCAUCCAACAAGAGACGCGGAUCCGUCUUUCGACAUGGACGUUCUUCAUGGACAGUCUCUUGACCUUAUUCUGCAACACCCCGCCGUCCAUGUCCCAUGCUGAGACGCUUGGGCAUCUUCCAUGCAAUCAGGUUCUGUGGGAUGCGGAAUCCGAACAAGUCUUUGACCAGCUAAGGCUCGAGGCUGGACACGAAUCCGUCUGUUUGGGAGACUUGACAGUUGGGCUGAUGCGGGAUGAGUGGCCGAUUGAGCCCGUGCCCCCGUUUGAUCGGCUCACGCUUCAUCACUUGAAUGCGGUCAUUGUUGCCCUGCAACCCGUUAUUUUCAAUUUGCAUCCAUUUUCGCUGCACGACACAGGCCGGAUCAAUCUGCUUCGAGCCCUCGACCGGUGGACGACACUCUGGAACGCCGCGACCCAUACUAAGCAGCCUGAAUCUCUAGGUGUCGAACGUAACAGCCCCGGUCUAGCAUUACUAUCAAGGAAAAUCGUUCAAAUCACUGGUACCGAAGCAGCAAGGCAAUGCGCGUACUUGCAACGCGUUCCGAAGCAUGACUUCUCAGAUCUUCACCGCUUCAUCAGAGAAUACUGCUAG